UUCGUUCAGUUUCUGAUUAGUCAUGAUUAUUCUAAGAUCAGGAAGGCUGUGUAGGAAGACCUACAGGAAGACUGCUUUGAAAAAAAUUUUAUUUUAGAUUGAAGGAAAGCUUAUUUCCCUGGCACAUUUCUAAUAUGGAAUGCAUCAUAAAACAAUCAUGAAAAUAAUUUAUUUUCCUUUAUGCUUUAGAGAGUGUGAGUGUCACAUGGAUAAUCAAAACAAGUUUGAGCACUGAGACAUGUUUAUAUUCAAAUGUAUGGCAUCAGUAUGGAGAUGAUUGCCAAAACUUAGCUGUUCUGUCUAGCCUUUGAGUUGUGCUGCUUGCUGAGCUUCAUGCCUGUGGAAGGGGUGCUGAGAUUUGAUUUAUAGAUUUCUCUUGACUUAUAUUAGUGACUACUACAGACAUGAAUUGCAGGUUUUAUUCCCUUGCCUUUUACCACCAACGAAGAAGUCCUCUGCUGCUCUGUGGUUGGGGUCUGCGUCCCUUCCAGCUAGGAUUAGCUCACCUAAUCUCAACUGGGCUAACUGCCCAUCUUUGUUUUAUUUCUUCACUUCUCUGACUUUGGGAGUGAUGGCAGCUGCUAAAUAAAUUCUACUUCCUCUUCCCAUUUUCCCCUUUUUUUUUUGUGUCUUGUUUAUGCCAGAGGACAGAUUCUGUUGAUUAGUGAGGGGGUGUUUGAGAAUGAGCAGAAUUGAGAAUUAGCAAAGUUGCCUUUAAGCUAAAAUAAUAACUUUCACUGUCAAACCCUUCUCUUGAAGAAAUAAUCUACAGAUUAUUUUGUUUUCCAUCUGAAGCUGGUUGAGUCUGGGUAGAUCAGUGGGUCCUGUGUUGUGAGGGUAGCUGCAGUGGGAGCAAGUGUUCUCAAGGCCUUCUUGGAGAGGAUGUGGUUGGUGACAUGACCUUCAAUGAAAGGAAGCCAUCAUCUUCCUGAGAGACAUUUUUGGACCUCUGUAGUAACACCCAGGCUAAGCUGUGUUACAGAGUAGCGUGCUCUGUCAUACAUGCAAAGCUGCCACUGGGUGUACAUGAUCUAAGCAGGAUUUGGAAAGCCUGAACGUCUAACUUGUCCUCCAGAGAUUUCCACUUCAUGAUAAAGAGAGACUUGAGAAAUGGUUGCGGAAUAUGAAGAGAGAUUCAUGGACUCCAAGUAAGCACCAGCUCCUCUGCAGUGAUCAUUUUACCCCUGAUUCCCUGGAUGUGCGAUGGGGGAUACGGUACUUGAAAAAUACUGCUGUGCCAACUAUUUUCUCUUCCCCAGAUGAUGAGGAAAAAGAUUCUUCUGAAAGCAGUUCCCAACAGGUACAGAGAGAAGAGCGGGCAGAAACAAAUGUGUCAGAGAAAGUAUCUGUACCGCUUGAACCUUGUAUACCAAAGAAAAAUCCUGUAAUUGCACAAAAUGUAGAGGAAAAGGUGUUUUUUUCAGAAGUGGGUUGCUCAACUGCACUGAGUAAACCUUUACAAAUUCAAAACCUGCAGCUUCCAGAUGAAGGUGGCUUUCAGGCAGACAGUGUCAUUCUUGAUAGUUCUUCUGAGCAGUAUAUACAUCAGCCUAAUCCUGUUUUAAUGACAACAGCAGUCCAGAGCAUGGAAGGUACUAGUGUUCAAACUUCUGUAGAGGAUUCAGGAGGUUGUACAGCUACAGUGCUGCAAUUUACAGACCCUGACUACUUGAGUUCAUCUCUGAAACUGAACAAUGCUUUUGGGUUGGUUACUGACUAUGCAGUUGAAAAUUCUGUCCCUCACGUGGUCUGUUCUGCUGAAGUGCAGACAAGUGAAGAUGCAGUUUUACUGAGUACAGUCACACAAACUAUUGAACAGUUCAGUGGAAGUGAAGAGUCUGUCAUUGCUAUUAUUAUGCCAGCUGAGAGUCCAGAAGAGCCUGAAAGAGUAAGUAGUUCUUUUCUGCCUGUUAAGGAAGAGUUUCUUGACAUAGACAAGACAGAAGUGAAUGAAUAUGACGGAAAUGAAAUACUGCAGACUGAGCAUUCAUACUGCAGACAAGACAUAGGCAGAGAUCACCUUUGGCAGAAAAUUUCAAAACUCCACUCUAAGAUAACUUUACUUGAAAUGCAGGAGGUAAAAACUUUGGGGAGACUCAGGUCCUUGGAAGCUUUUAUUAGACAACUGAAGCAAGAAAAUCUGCUUUCUGAAGAAAAGCUGAAGAUGGUAGAAAACUACUUUACAACACUUGAAGUGACUAUGUUACAGUAAAGACUUUCAAUUGGUGGUUCUAAAAUAUCUUUUUAGUCUGUUUGACUGUACUUUUGGACAAAUUAACUUUGUUUCCAGUUCUGAUGUUUUAAAUAUCUAAUGCUAAUUGUGUGAAUAGCAAAUACUCUUUAAAAUAUUACAUCAGUCAAAGCUAAGUGGAGAAUUUUGUCUGUAAAACAUGACUGACAAGUAAGAUUAAAAAAAAACAACCCUGAAUUGGGUGAAGUUUUCUUAAGUGUGUGAAUUAAGUCAAUAAAACGUAAUUGAACCCUUC